GCACUGCAGGUUGACGAAGCCACAGGCCCACAGCCCAACCAGGAUGGAAGUGACGCAGGCGCAAGGGCACCCCAAAGCAACCUGGAACUCUCAACUUUCUCAACACCCACCUUCACGCUGCGAGUGCCUGACCUUGCUCGCUCCCUUUUCCCGCCUCGACGACUGCCGCCGACUUGUCGACUUGUACUCCCGUUAUUCACGUCGGUAUAUUCAAGCUUAGCUUGAUAUCCUCUCCUUUCCCAUCGACGAGUUAAUCAAGGACCACCCCACCGAGUCAACCUUCUAUAUCGACACCGACCGACCCCGAAGUAACCCGCGAUGCCUCCUCCUCCACCACCGCCUCCGCCGCCCCCGGGGUUUGGCGGGCCACCGCCACCGCCUCCGCCACCACCACCAGCUGCCGCCGCGGCGCCGGCGAGGGGGGCGCUUCUCGCAGACAUCCACAAGGGGCGAGCGCUGAAAAAGACCGUCACAAAUGACCGUUCCGCGCCCGUAGUAAGCAAGUCCUCGUCAGGCGGCGGUCCGGGCCCGUCCGCGCUCGGCGCACCCCCCAUUCCGGGGCUACCGAAAACACCGGGAGGCCUCGCCCCUCCUGUCCCCGGAGCCCGGGCGAGAAGCAAUAGCGAUCAAAGCGACAGAGCACAACCCGCAGCAUCAAGCAUGGAUGGACCCCCGCAACUUGCCGGUUUGUUUACGGGUGGAAUGCCGAAGCUACGCAAAACAGGCGGGGGUGUUGCGACGGGGGCAAACCGAGACGCCUCGUACUUGUCAGAAUCCGAGGCACCUCCGCGAGCCCCUCCGAGACCACCCGCCGCCGCCGCCCCGCCGGUGCCCGGCAGGCCAUCCUUCCCCAAUACGAACAGUGCGCCGAGCCUGCCGAAAAAGGGCCGUCCGCCUCCGAUCGGCAAGAAACCACCGCCGCCCCCUCCAGGCUCUAGGAAGCCCUCCUCAACCGUUCCAUCCGCUGCGCCUCCGCCCCCGCCAUCUUUCGCACCCCCGACCCCGUCACCGUCCGCAUUCUCACCACCGCCAGCUCCUCCCCCUCCACCCCCGGCUGCUGCUUCGCGACCACCGCCAGCCCCGGCGCGCUCACAACCACCACCACCUCCGCCGUCCGCGUCAACAAGUAACAUAUCUCAGAGCAUCGCCGCACAAGCAGCCAUACGCGCUGCGUCCAGCGUCGGACCACCUCCAGGAGCCGCACCCCCACCUCCGCCCCCUCCCCCGCCAAACGGGCCAUCGCGCUCAGCGCCUCCAAUCUCCCCACCUCCGGCGCCAGCCCCUCCACCACCACCCUCAGCUGCACCAGCGCCCCCUCCCCCAUCCCUCUCCCACUCCGCCUCGAGCGCGUCGGGGCGGGCAUCCAUGCUCUCCAUGCUGGACCCCAGCAACUUCACGCUCGCCCCCAACGGCGGCGGCUCCAAGACACCCAGCCCGGGUCGCGGCCCGUCGCCGUCGCCAGGCCUCUCUACCUCGUCCGGCGGCGGCGGUGGUGGUGGUGGUGGUGGUGGUGGUGGUGGCGGCGAACGGUAUGUGGUGCAGGACUCGCGGUGGCGCUUCCAUGGCGAGGAGAAUUUCCCCAAGCCGAGGAAUUUUGCGGGGGGGCCGCGCAAGUAUCGCGCUGGUAGGGGGAGUAGUGUGCCGUUGGAUUUGAGCGCUUUUUAGAGCUGCUCUUUUUGUUGGGGGUUGUAAGAGGAAGGUGGGUGGGUGUGGUAUGGGUUGGUGAUGGGGAUUGGUAUUGGUGGUGAGGUUUGAUGUGGGCGGGUUGCUGGCGCGACUCGUGUAGGUUGGGGUUAUAGCUGGGGUUAUAGCCGGGGUCAUAGCUGGCCUCAUACCUGUGUGUGGUUAUAGCUAGCUGGUCUACCAGUGGAGGAAGCCUUGAUGGGGCGCAAACGGCUGCUGUUGAUAAGUUUAGUGGGUGGGGGUGUCUUUUUACAUAGAGAGAGAAAUAGGAAUAACAUUCAACGAUAUGUUACACAACA